AUGGAGCCUGGAGCUGAGACUAGCACUGCAGGAGUUUCAGUAAAAGAUGACCUUUCAGAAAAAUGUCAGAAGUUAUUUCUUGAGUUCUUGGAGGAGUUUCAGGACACAAACGGGGAGCUUUUGUAUCAUCCUGAUGCUGAGGAGCUCAUUCGACCAGAGAGAAACACACUGACUGUAAACUUCACCAACAUUGAGCACUUCAAUCAGCAACUAGCUACCACCAUUCAGGAGGAGUAUUACAGGGUAUACCCAUUCCUAUGCAGAGCAGUGCGUUACUUUGCAAGAGAUCAUGGGAACAUGCCAGUAGCCAAAGAGUUCUAUGUGGCCUUCUCUGACUUUCCAUCAAGACAAAAGAUCCGAGAGCUCUCCACGGCCCGGAUCGGGUCCCUACUGCGUAUCAGUGGCCAGGUGGUGAGGACACACCCAGUGCACCCUGAGCUCGUCAGUGGUACCUUCCUGUGUCUGGAAUGCCAGUCGGUUAUGAAAGAUGUUGAGCAGCAGUUUAAAUACACCCAGCCCAACAUUUGUAAGAACCCAGUCUGUGCCAAUCGACGUCACUUCAUGCUGGACCCCAACAAGUCCCGUUUUGUGGACUUUCAGAAGGUGCGUAUCCAGGAGACCCAGGCGGAGCUGCCUCGUGGCUCCAUCCCCCGCAGUGUGGAGGUGAUCCUGAGGGCAGAGGCUGUGGAGAUGGCUCAGGCAGGGGACCGCUGUGACUUUACCGGCACACUGAUCGUCGUACCAGACGUCGCUGCCCUGGCUGUGUCAGGCACCAGGGCAGAGACCAGCAGCAGAGUGACUGGGGGGAGGCAGGGCUUUGAUGCAGAUGGGAUCCAGGGACUGAAGGCUCUGGGUGUCAGGGAUCUGUCCUACAGACUGGCCUUCCUAGCCUGCUACGUGGCCCCCACUAACCCUCAGUUUGGUGGUAAAGAUCUCCGCCAGGAAGACCAGACUGCAGAGAGUGUGAAGAACCAGAUGACUGUUCAGGAGUGGGAGAAAGUGUUUGAGAUGAGUCAAGACAAGAACCUCUACCACAACCUCUGCACCAGCCUCUUCCCCACUAUCCAUGGGAAUAAUGAGAUCAAGCGUGGAAUCCUAUUGAUGCUCUUUGGCGGUGUUGGCAAGACGACCAUGGAGGGCACAUCUCUGAGGGGGGAUAUUAAUGUUUGCAUUGUUGGGGACCCCAGUACCUCCAAGAGCCAGUUCCUAAAACACGUGGAGGACUUUGCGCCCAGGGCAGUCUACACCAGUGGGAAAGCCAGCAGCGCGGCCGGGUUGACGGCAGCUGUAGUGAAAGAUGAGGAGUCCCAUGAGUUUGUCAUCGAGGCUGGGGCCCUCAUGUUGGCAGAUAACGGAGUCUGUUGCAUUGAUGAGUUUGACAAGAUGGACCUGAAAGACCAGGUAGCCAUUCAUGAGGCCAUGGAACAGCAGACCAUCUCCAUCACUAAGGCUGGAGUGAAGGCCACUCUGAAUGCUCGCACCUCCAUCCUGGCAGCUGCUAACCCCAUAGACGGGAGAUACAACCGCUCUAAGUCUCUGAAACAGAACGUCAACAUGUCAGCACCCAUCAUGUCCAGAUUUGACCUCUUCUUCAUUCUGAUUGAUGAGUGCAAUGAGGUGACAGAUUAUGCCGUAGCCAGGCGUAUCGUAGACCUGCACUUUAGAAACAUGGAGUCUGUGGAGCGAGUCUACGCCACUGAUGAGAUUCAGAGAUACAUACUGUUUGCUCGUCAGUUUAAACCAAAGAUCACAGCAGAGGCAAAAGAGUUUGUGGUGGACCAGUACAAGCGUCUGCGUCAGCGGGACAGCAGCGGCAGCACCAAGUCAGCCUGGCGCAUCACCGUCAGGCAGCUAGAGAGCAUGCUCCGACUAUCUGAGGGCAUGGCCAGGCUCUACUGCUCAGAUGAGGUGCAUCCUAAACACGUUAAGGAGGCCUUCCGGCUAUUGAAUAAGUCUGUCAUCCGCGUCGACUCCCCAGAUAUCAACUUCGACCAGGAACAAGACAAUGGUGAAAUGAAUGAUCAGAAUGACAGGAUGGGCACAAAUGGCAAUCAUGCAGAGGAGGCUAUGGACACAGAGCAUGGGGCAGGCAGCCCGGAGAAGACCAGCACUGCCAAGCCUGCCCUCAAGAUGACCUUUGCUGAGUACAGAAGGGUCUCCAACCUCAUUGUUUUGCACAUGCAGAAGAUGGAAGAUAUUGAUGAAGAGUCCUCACUGAAGAUGAGCGAGCUGAUUAACUGGUACCUGAAAGAAAUGGAGAGUGAGAUGGAGUCAGAAGCUGAGCUGGUUGCCAAGAAGAAUCUUAUAGAGAAAGUGCUUCACAGACUAAUCCAUUAUGACCACAUUAUCAUAGAGUUAACGAAGACUGGGCUGAAGAAAGUUGGUGAUGAGGGAGAGGAACCUGUGAUCGAAGAGGACCCAUUCUUAGUGGUCAACCCCAAUUACAUCCUGGAAGAUUAG